AUGCACGUGAUCGAGAUUGAGGAGAAGCUUGGGGAGGUCCAGGCUGCGGCCUCGGAGCCGGAAGCGAAGCCGGAGGACGGCGAGGAGUUCGAGGAGGUCCCUGUGGAGGAGGGCGUGGAGGGCAUGCGCGAGGUGCCGAAGACGGAGGAGGAGCCUGAGGCGCCGGACUGGGCGGCGCCCACGUCCCCAGCCGAUCCUGCUGAGGAGGAGGCAGCGCCGCCGCCUGUCACUGUUGCCAGUUCGCUGUCCUCUGUCUCUGAUGGCCCGUCUUACGAGGAGACGCUCGUCAAGAAGGCCAGGCAAGCCCUCAAGGAGAUGAAGAGGGCCCGGACGGCAGGCCUUGCGCCCAAGUCCAUGGCGAGGCUGGUCAUCAAGGGCGCUCCUUGCCGGCAAGCUGUGGACCGCCGCCUGUUGCUCAUCGGGCUGCUGCGGUUCUUCCAGCUGGCAGCCAAGGGGAUCCUCAUCCACGGCCCGUUGCUUGGCUGGGCCAAAGUGGUGGGGGACAGCAUCUUCUGCUACGAGCAGACCGUGCCGAACAGGCAGGAGACGAUCUCCUACCUGAUGCCCCGACGCCAUGGCCUUGAGUUUGGUCUGUACCCUUGGCACGCGCACCUGAAAGACGCGGUCAAGGGCACCAAGGGUAUGUUGACUGCGCUUGGCGAGUGGCACCACGCGGUGCAGGACGUGCGCGAGGCAGGGCUCACAUAUUCUCUAAACCAGGCCGACUUGACCAAUUUGGCCACCACGCAGCUGCAGAUUAACCAGACUAUGAGGCAGCGGGCCUUGGCUGGAGUCAACCAGCCCCACCAGCUCCCGGCGCAGACUGUGCUGCACAUCCUGGACGAAGGCGAGAUGAGGCGCAACACGUACGAGUUCCUGGAGCAACGCAUGUCCGUUUGGCUGCAGAGCCUGGGGCAGUUCUUCUGGGUGUUCGUCAUCAACGAAGCCAACAGCAUGGAAUGCUACAAAGUGAUGGGCGAAACGGUGGAGGGCUCCUUCUGCGUCUACGACGUCAAGCCCGUCCCCAUGCAGAUGAACAUGAUCAGCACAUGGAGCAUCCGAAGCGGACUGUUCUCCAAGGAGGCGGACCAGUACUACGCCCACUUCAUUUUCUUGCAGCGCCCGCCCUUGACCGCCAUGUCCCAGCCGCCGAAGCUCCACAUGUGGCGCUGCUUGACAUACCCGGACUCCCUGGCCGACAUGCUGAAUCGCCAGGACGGAUGUGAUUUGUGA